AUGAAAGAAUCGAUUCGAUUUUUGAAUGAUUUGGGAGAGAUUACCGAUGCGGUGGCGGAUCUCCUCACCACGAGCCCGAAUUUCAAUGUGAUCUCCGCCAUCGGCUCACAAGGAGCCGGUAAAUCGACUAUAUUGAGUAUGCUGGCUGGAAAUAAUUCCAGACAAAUGUAUAGAGAAUACGUAUUCCGUCCGGUAUCGCGUGAAGCCAACGAACAAUCGCGUCAUCAAACGAUUCAAAUCGACAUUUACAUCGUUAAUCACACGAUUUUUCUCGAUUGUCAACCGAUGCACAGUUUCUCAAUAAUGGAGGGACUGCCGAAGUUACGAGGUGGUCGGAUGGAUGACGUCACCGCGCAUUCUGAUACGCUCCGCCUCACCGCCUUCCUACUGUACAUCUGUCAUACUGUACUUGUCGUCUCGGAGACACAUUUCGACAAACGGGUCAUUGAUACCAUUAGAACGGCGGAACAGAUCCGCCCAUUCUUAUCACAAUUCAAACCGAAAAUUUCGAUUGAAAGGAAGACGAAUUUGAUAUUCAUAAAAACGAAAUGCGGCUCAAUCGACCUGGCCCCUACAGUAAUCCGUGAACGUGAGCAACUUCUUCGACUCGUUUUCCGUGAUUCGAAAUGGUUGAAAUUGUCGGAUGACCCGUUCAAAGUUCUCGUGAUUCUCGAAGAAAUACGAGUCCGUCGGGAACAUUUAUAUGAGGAAAAUGACGAUUCGAUGAUUAAAGAAGAUUUGAUUUUGAAUGAAUUCGACGAACAAAUCGCGAAUUUACGUGUGGAAUUGCAGAAGAAUCGACAGAAUUUUACAGUGGAAAAUGGAGCGAUGGAUGAGAAGAAAUGGUAG